AUGGCAACUGGUGGGGGCUCUUACAGCUUCUCCUUGACCACAUUCUCGCCUUCCGGUAAACUGGUCCAAAUCGAACACGCCCUCGCUGCCGUCGGUCAGGGAACCUCUAGCCUUGGAAUCAAAGCAUCGAAUGGGGUGGUGAUCGCAACGGAGAAGAAGACGGCUUCGAUCCUAGUAGACGACUCAAUAAUCGAGAAAGUCGCGAUGAUUUGUCCGAACAUUGGAAUGGUUUAUUCAGGAAUGGGGCCUGAUUAUCGGGUCUUGGUCACUCGGGCACGAAAGAUUGCACAAGCCUACUGGAAAAUUUAUGGUGAAUAUCCGCCCACACGGUUGCUCACUCAAGAGAUAGCCACCGUUAUGCAGGAAGCCACACAAUCUGGUGGUGUCCGUCCAUUCGGGGUAUCUUUAUUGAUCGCUGGGUGGGACGAACAUCGUGGAUCGACGCUGUAUCAAGUUGAUCCAAGUGGCAGUUUCUGGCCAUGGAAAGCCAGUGCGAUCGGGAAGAACAUGGUGAAUGCAAAGGCCUUCUUGGAAAAAAGAUACAAUGACGAGCUGUCGCUUGAAGAUGCGAUCCACACUGCCAUCUUGACGUUGAAGGAAGGCUUUGAAGGCCAGAUGACAGAGAAGACGAUCGAGAUUGGCGUGAUAGGAUCCGUCGGUGUCGGCGCUGAUACUAUCCAGCCCGGUGAUCGGGCCGAGCCCGUCUUCAGAAAGCUGACAGAAGCAGAGGUCAAAGACUUCUUGGCACUCUAG